CUUAAUAUCCUGGUUUCCAUUCAUAAGUACGCAAACUAGAGCUUCCUGUUUGUGGUGGAAAAGGCAAAAAUCUUUUGUUAUUCUGCUGCAGUUUCUCCUUUUUCGUUCUAUAUUCCAUGGAAACCCUUUCGAGCUCUGUGUUUAACGCUAAGAUGCUGGAGGUUUAUUCUUUCCUCCGAUAUCCUUCUUCCAUUGGAACAGCUGGCAAUCGAACUGGGUCACUGAAACUAAUGGAGCAUUCACGGUUCGUUGCCCUCCGUGCUUCCAAUCUCGCUCACGAGGUUCCCAGCGAAGGCGAAGAUGGGAAGGCAGUAAAUAAUGGCUUCGGUUUAAUUUCUCAGGAAAGUUUUUCUGAGAGUAACUUAAGCAACAGUCAGAGCUCGGACAAGGAUGCAGAUCAGGCAUUGAAAGUAGACACGUCAUUGACUGUUUUCCCAACCCCUAGCGGAAGCGGAGCAGGUGGUGGUUCAAGAGCUGGACUUUUUAGAACGCCUAUUUCUGGCGGAGUGCAGAGUGCUACCUCAGCUCAUGGUUUACCUAGACCAGCCCUAGCAGUGCGCAAUUUGAUGGAACAGGCUAGAUUUGCUCAUUUGUGCACUGUAAUGUCUCGGAUGCACCACCGGCGAGAAGGAUAUCCAUUUGGUUCUCUGGUAGACUUUGCCCCUGAUCCAAUGGGCCAUCCGAUAUUUUCAUUUUCACCACUUGCCAUUCACACAAGGAAUUUGUUGGCUGACCCAAGAUGCACACUUGUUGUUCAGAUACCUGGGUGGAGUGGCCUGUCCAAUGCAAGGGUAACUAUCUUUGGUGAUGUCUAUCCACUUACCGAAGAUCAACAGGAAUGGGCCCACAAGCAGUACAUAGCAAAGCAUCAACAGGGGCCUUCACAACAGUGGGGCAAUUUCUACUAUUUUAGGAUGCAGAAUAUAAGUGACAUAUAUUUCAUUGGAGGCUUUGGAACUGUUGCUUGGGUGGACGUGAAAGAAUAUGAAACCCUUCAACCUGAUAAGAUUGCAGUUGAUGGUGGCGAGCAGAACCUAAAGGAACUCAAUGCUAUCUUCUCAAAGCCCCUGAAGGAGCUUCUAUCCACCGAGACAGAGGUAGAUGAUGCUGCUCUCAUAUCCAUAGACAGCAAGGGGACUGAUAUCAGGGUUCGUCAAGGUGCCCAGUUCAACGUCCAGAGGAUAUCAUUUGACGACGGGCAGAGUGUGGAGACGCUAGAAGAAGCUAAAGCUGCUCUUUGGAAAUUAGUACACAGAGGGGGGGUGUACCACUUGUAGAAAUAGAACGUCCCUUGACUUUAUCCUUCCCUUAAUUCUAUAUGAGACAGACAACUGAACUGUGUUGAGCUUGUGGUCUUUCUCAUUUUUGGCUCUAAUAAUGCUGUCCUUGGUGUGUUAAAAGUCCAUAGUAAACAUGCUUAUGGACUGUCAUGCACCAUAUUGUAUUAUAUCUAGAAGAAUUUUGACGUGGCUAACUGGGGAUGUGUUUUGUGAGCAAGGUACUGAAUGCCCAUUUUGGGAAUAAGAUGUCAGGAAAUAAUAUUAUGAUUUUCCAACUUAUUUGAAAGCCUUUAACUCUGAUGCAUUAUCAGUAGUAUUUACCAAAGAAUCCUACUAUUAAGUUAGUUCU